AUGAAGAUUUUGCUGGACACCGGCAGACAGAGAAAACUCCUCAUCCUGUACCUAUUUGUCGGGAAUGUUGCAGCUGAUUGUCCCAUACCUCAACAUGGAGAGAACACAGUUCUCACAGAAGAAUCCCUCCUAAAAAGUGAAUUCCCUAAUGGUACUGUGAUCACAUAUGAGUGCAGAAAUGGAUAUUACAAAGUAAAUGGCACUGGGACGAUGAACUGCGUCGAUGGGAAGUGGACCGAGCCAGAUAUCAUCUGCAGUAAGAAAGACUGUGGUCUCCUUGAAGCACAACCACACAUGCUAUUUAACACCAGCGAAGGUACUCAGUUUGGUGCAAUGGUUAAAGUAACCUGUGACGAAGGUUACGUGAUAUUUGGAUCCAGCUAUAGAAAGUGCCUGGAGAUAGGGUGGUAUGGAAAGGGAGACUGUGUCCUUGUUACUUGUCCCAAACUGACUAAAGUGGAAAAUGGUGAACAUUCUUGGAAUAGUGACGAUAAACCAGUAUACCAACAAACAAUAAAUUUCACAUGUAACACAGGAUACACUAUGGUUGGGACUGACACCAUUAGGUGUACUGAAACUGCCGAAUAUGAUUAUGAGCCACCACAAUGCAUCGUUGUUACUUGUCCCAAACUGACUCAAGUGGAAAAUGGUGAACAUUCUUGGAAUAGUGACGAUAAACCAGUAUACCAACAAACAAUACAUUUCACAUGUAACACAGGAUACACUAUGGUUGGGACUGAAACCAUUAGGUGUACUGAAACUGCCGAAUAUGAUUAUGAGCCACCACAAUGCAUCGUUGUUACUUGUCCCAAACCGACUAAAGUGGAAAAUGGCAAACAUUCUUGGAAUAGUGACGAUAAACCAGGAUACCAACAAACAAUAAAUUUCACAUGUAACACAGGAUACACUAUGGUUGGGAAUGAAACCAUUAGGUGUACUGAAACUGCCGAAUAUGAUUAUGAGCCACCACAAUGCAUCGCUUAUUGUCCCAUACCUAAAGGUGGAGAGAACAUGGUUCUCACUGAUGAAUCCCUCCUAAGAAAGGAUUUUCCAGAGGGUACAAACGUCAUAUAUGAGUGUGGCAAUGGAUAUGAAAAAGAAAGUGGCUCUGAGAUCAUAACCUGCAUUGGUGGAAAUUGGACUGAGCCAGAUCUAAUCUGUAAGAAGAUUUCCUUACCACACCACAAUAUUGAGUUGGGUCGUGGGGAUAGCAGCCUCUGUAGGGAGUCCCAGUUUUCAUUCUCCCCAGGAACCUGGACCAGCUCCUCUGUCGGAAACCCAAAGCUUUCCCAGGCCAGCUUACAUAGUCCCUCCAGCAUGUCCUGA